AUGGCAUUGUCACAAUUUCGUUCUUCUCUCAAAUUCGGUAACCCAUUUCCAAUGGCAACACUCUCUUCCUCCACCAAUUCCUCCAAAACCCUAACCCCACCUAACCACCCCAAAACCUCAUCUCUCAAUUUCAACAACCUCUCCAUCCGUACCAAAAUCCGUACCCGAAACCCUAUCCAAAUUUGCGCGGCGGCCAAGGAAGAUUUCUCUUCCAACAAAAGCGGAAGCAGUGAGCAGAAGGAAACGAUUAUGCUUCCCGGUUGUGACUACAACCAUUGGCUCAUUGUAAUGGAGUUUCCUAAAGACCCUAAACCCUCUCGUGAACAGAUGAUUGACACUUACCUUCAAACUCUUGCUACUGUCUUGGGAAGUUUAGCUUUUGGAAGAAAAAUGCAGAAUUUGUCCUCGCUCGCAAGGUGUUCGAUGAAAUGUCCCAACCGAAUUCCUUUUGUGGCGAAGUUAGCGGUGAGAGAGGAAUUUGAUUUAGUUGAUGUUAACGGCUCAACGAAAUUGAGGAAUGUUUAUUGUAUGAGUACUGUGGAUGAUGAUAAAGGACUUGGUCCUACUUUUCCUUCUCAGAUUGAAAUUUCCAACAUUGUUAAUGGUAUGGGUGAUCCACAGUCUCAAGAUCCAGUUGUAUAUGAUAACGGUGUAAGCUAUAUGUUUGUACAGCAUAGCAAUGUUUACCUCAUGACAGCAACUAGACAAAACUGCAAUGCCGCUAGCCUCAUUUCCUUCCUUCAUCGUAUAGUUGAUGUGUUCAAGCAUUAUUUUGAGGAAUUGGAAGAGGAAUCUCUUAGGGAUAACUUUGUCGUUGUGGUAAAGUGCUUGUGUAUCUAUGGACUUAGUUUUUUUUAUUAG